CGCCACUUUCAGUAGCUCGGUAGCCAAAACAGUAGCCACGUGUGGCCGCACACUAGCUCCAUCUCUCCUCUGGCCGCUGCACCGUAACAGCCAGAGGGGACCUUGGGAUAUGGCUGAAGAUGUCUGUGGAUUCUGAUAACUCCUGUGUUUUGCUGUCAUCGCGAGACUCCAGGACUUCCUGCGCUUUCCAACCCGCUGACGAGAAAGAUGACCUCCCAGGAGUGGGAGAGGAGAGUGUCCUGGAGAUGUUGAGCUACUCCAAGUUCUCCGACCUGGAGACAUGGCUGUGUAUGCCGUCCUCGCUGCUGCUGCCCAGGGUUCUGGACUCCACCCGCCCUUCCUCCUCUUCUUCCUCCGACUGCUCUUCCUCACACGCGUCCAACCGCUCCUCCAAUUCCCCACCCGUCUCCUCCUCCUCCUCCCAAGCCUCUAACUCCCGUCGCUCCACCUGCAGCGAGCCAGGAGACAGGUCAUCGGAGAAGGAAUCCUCCUUUCUCUCUCCUGCACCGGGGAAGGGGACGCCAUUUCUGGCCAAGCCCCUCCUCCCCAUCCUCUCCUCCACCCCCGCUUCCGCAGAGCUGAGCUCGGGGACGCCAGCGGGAGACUCAACCCCCCAGAGCGGGGUCAGCAUCAGGAAAAGGCGGCGGCUCGCCGCCAGUCCUGGAGGACUCCACUGGAACUCUGCAGGUUCAGUGCAGCGCGAAUUCUGGUCACCUGACCUGUCUCCUGGGCCGGGGGGGAGAGUAGCCGCAGCAGCAGGAGGAGGAGGUGGGGGUGCGAGGAGCCUCCCCCUGGUCGAGGUGGGUGGGGCAUCACCGGUGUGCACCAGCGAACGGGCGGCCUUGAGAAAAACGGUUUCGGUUGACGACCGAUUGCUGCAGCCGGCGGGCGCAGAGCAACGACAUCUGAGACUGCUGAGUCGACUGGAGAGAGGCAAGAAGAAGCUCCGAAACAUCCAUAGUCUGGGAACCACGGGAAGAUACGACACCAGGAAAAAGUCCGACAGUAAGAUCUCUCGAUUGGCCCAGAGGUGGAACCAGAGGCCAGCUGGAGAUGCUCUGAUCAAAGACCUGAAGCCCCUGUUUUAUACGGGAACCUCACGAUCCUCACUCAGUCUGGACAGACGCUUCCCGGGUGUUAUGACCCAGCAGAUGCAGAACCUGCACUUGUCCCAGACCCGGAAGUGCCCCGGUGGGCCAGCCUCUCCCAGUGCCGCCAAGCGCCUCUACCGGAACCUGUCGGAGAAGCUGCGAGGAAGCACCUCCUCCUUCGAAGAUGCCUACUUCUUCGGCAAGACGGAUCGGCUCCGCAAGGCCUCGACGAUGCAGGGCAGCGACUGCAUCUUCGAGGCGGUGGAGCAGCAGGACCUGGACACGGUGCAGAUUCUUCUCUACCAGUUCUCGGCCGAGGAGCUGGACCUGAACACCCCCAACAGCCAGGGCCUGACGCCGCUCGACAUCGCCAUCAUGACCAACAACACGCCCAUCGCCAAACUGCUGCUGAAGGCCGGCGGCAAGGAGAGUCCGCACUUUGUGACGGUUGAGAGUCGGGAGGCCCACCUGAGCUCUCUGGUGGUGGAGGCGGAGCGGCGGGCGGCAGACCUGGCGGCUCAGGCUCAGAGAGAUGGCCUCUCUCUGGAGGCCUGCCACAAGGACAAGCAGCUGAGAGCCUGGGAGUGGAGGAGCAAGCUGUACAAACGCAUGAGGACGGGCUUCCAGCACGCACGUGUCCCAGAGACCCCGUCUAUGGUUCGUCUGAGCGUGAGCAGUAGCACCACGCUGACCGUCACCUUUCAGGAGCCGCAGUGUCUCAACUCAACUGUGGUGACCAAAUACAGAGUGGAAUGGAGCUGCCUCGAGGAUUUCUCGCUGCUUGCUGGAGAGAUGCUGUUGGAUAAUCUGCAGACCCUCAAGUGCACCAUCAGCGGCCUCACCACGGGUCGGCUCUACUAUGUUCGAGUGUUGGCUUAUAACAUGAAGGGCUGGGGUCCGCCCGCCUCCUCCCUCCCUCCAUCUGCAGCUGCUUCCAAUUGGAGGGAGAGUGACGGUCGGGAGCCCAGGAGGCGAGGCCACAUCGAGGCCAUGGAGCGUCUGCUGCAGCAGGUCCGAGCAACUCACACGCACUACUGCUGCGGAGAUGCCUCUAAGCUGCAGAACCCGAGCAGGAAGCAGUCGGUCUCCAGAAGUCUCAAACACCUCUUCAACUCCUCCAACAAGUUUGUGAAAACACUGAAAAGGGGGAUUUACCUGGCAACUGUCUUCUACCAUAAGGACAGUUUACUGGUGACAGCAGAGGACCAGAUCCCCAUCGUGGAGGUGGACGACUCCUACAGCAGCUCCCUCAUGCAAGACUUCCUCUGGUUCACCAAGCUGUCCUGUAUGUGGGAGGACGUCCGGUGGCUGAGACAGAGUAUGUCCGUGUCUAUGUCUUCGUCCUCCACCCUGCAGGCCAGGCACAAGAUGCUCACCGCCGCCGGCCAGCUGCAGAACCUCCUGGGAACUCACAACCUGGGCCGGGUCCACUACGAGCCCAUCAAGGAUCGCCAUGGCAACGUGCUGCUGGUGACGAUCCGCGACACGGAGAGCCAGCACUCGCUGUUCAGCGGGAAGUGGAUGCAGGUGACCAAACUGCAGAGCCAGAGGAAGUCCCUGUCCACACCUGAGGAGCCCUACGCUCUCGACAUCCUCAUCAUCACCAUACAGGACAUUCUGGCGUACCAGCGGCGCAGCACUCACCGGCUGGCACCAGGCCUCUACCUGGGCUACCUGAAGCUCAGCAGCUCCGUAGACCAGAUCAAGGUCCUGGUGUCCCAGCGGACCCCGAGCAUGCUCUGUCACGCCCGCAUUCGAGACAACGCCAACGUCUCCAGGGAGGAGUGGGACUGGAUCCAGACGCUGUCGGCCGUAGGAGACAAGGACCACACCAGGGAGGAGAGCGAGGAGGCCGAGCCCAGAGCAGAGAGUCACGCCCCCUUACUGUACUACGAGCUGCAGACGGCGAUCAAGUCCCUGCUGAACCACAUCAACCUACCUCUGCACCAGGCCCGUCACUUCCGUCUCUACAGUCAGGAGGUGGUGGAGCUCGGUCACGGCGUCUCCUUCCUGCUGCUGCUGCCAGCGGCCGAUGACGUUUGCUCCGCCCCCGGACAGUCCAACCCCUACACCCCCCUGUCAGGAUUCCUCCACCUCCCCUUGCAGAUGUUCGAUCUCGUGCACUUCUGCAGCUACAAAGAGAAGUUCAUCAAUCUCUACUGCCGUCUGUCCUCUGUCUUGGACCUGGACGCCCUUAUUACCCAGCAGGCACUGCGUGAGGCCAUCACUGACAGCGAGGUGGCCACAGCCAAACAAAGACAUCAGCUCAUACUGGACUACAUCCAGCAACUGGACGAAAUGCGUCGUGACCUUCGUUGGAUCACAGACGCUCUGCAGUACGCCCGUUACAAACAGCCUCGGGGUGGUGUACCAAUCACCUGCCUGGUGGACACCAACGCUCCGGAGAGCAACUCCAGUCAACAAAAGACCGACUCCACCUCCUCGACCAUGGACUACCUGCCCACGCCUUCACCCUCACCUGAACUCCGCAGAAGGAAAGCCAUCAGCGAGUCUCUGCUCGGCUCAGAUGAAGACGGAUCCUCCGAGGUUUUUCUGCCGACGGACAGCGACUACGACUCCAGCGACGCCCUGAGCCCCCGCGAGCUGGACCUGCUCUACUCUCCGCCCCAGGAUCUAUCCCAGCAGGCCGUGCACUCGUUGGGCGGCAGCGCCCCUGACGUGCUCCAGAUCCACGAGCUCAGGUACAGCGUCUGCCCACCCAAAGACCCCCCCGUCUCCCCGGUGGUGAAGGAUCCCAAAUCUAAAGACGCUCCACUGUCCUCCCCCCUCCUCCCACACUCUCCCUCUCUAUCCAAAGACUUCCCUCUCUCUACCUCCAGUUUGCCUCACUCUCCCUCCCUCUCCAGGACCCUCCCCACCUCUUCGUCCCUCCCCCUGUCCCCCAGAUUCUCCAAAGACCUACCUCUGUCCCUCCCCCUCUCCCCGGCUCUGUCCGACACCACCAAGACUCUGGAGGGCCUCUCCCUGUCCAAGAGCCACCAGGAGGACGACGCUACCACGAGGGCCCUCGCCAACACCCCCGCCAAACGCAAACUGCUCUCCAGGAGUCACAGGGGCCAGUACUUCAGCGGGCCGCAGCGCUGGCUGAAGGGCCACGGCGGGGAGAGUCACUCCGGAUCGUUAUCUGAGGGCGUCUACACCAAGCAGACCGACCCAGACCUGCCCCUCCCCGGGGACCUGCCCUCCCCGCAGGGCACCACCUACGUCAGCCACGCCUCCUGCGUCCUGGAGAGCAGGAAGGUCCGACACCGGGAGCCGCGGCCCCACAUCCGCCGGAUCUUCGUGGAGCCCUGCAAGGAGCUGUCGCCCGGCCUGGAGAGGAGGGGCUUGGAGGAUGAGCGCGGCAGAGAAGCGACGGAGAAGGUGAAGGCUGCAGGUGUGUCGGUGGUCGUGGCACAUGCGGAGUCUGGAGGGGAGGGGCCAGGAGGAGCCGCCGCCCAGGACGUCGACUCAGACGACCAAACCAACGCCCAGGUGUCGGAGAUACUGAGCAGCACACUGUAG